GGAGGAGGAGGAGGAGGAGGAGGAUAAAUAAUAUGUAUUCUUUACAAGAAAAUGAUGAGUUGGUGUUUCAGAUUCUGUCUAAUCCUUGCCAACAAAGCAAGAUCUCCCAAGAUCUGGUUAUGGAUUAUGCUUCUCUGGAGACACGUACUCAUCAUGAUCCUUUAAAUAUUAACAAUUCCCAGGUCAAUAAGAGACUACCCAAAAGAAUAUUAGGUACUACUGAUAAUAAUAUUCCAGAUCAUAAGAAAGAUGAAACUGCUGCUGCUGCUCCUGCUGAUGAUUUCAAGCUUAGAAGAAUUAUGCAUAGAGAUAUCGAACGUCAAAGAAGACGAGAAAUGUCUGCCCUUUACUCUUCCCUCCGUUCUCUCCUUCCUCUGCAAUAUGUCAAGGGCAAGCGUUCGGUAUCGGACCACAUGCAUGAAGCCGUGAAUUACAUAAAGGAAAUGCAAGCAAACAUCAAAGAAUUGGAGAAACGGAGAGACUUGCUAAUUAAGUCGUCUUUACCUGAUUCAAUCCCACAUGGAACUGGAAAUUUUAGAUCAAAUAAUUUCACACUUUCCCCAGAUUGUGUUACGGUAAGCCCCUGCCUGCAGGGUGGCAUAGAGAUCUUAAUCAGCGUUGACUGUAAAUCGCAAAGUUUUCCACUUUCAAGAGUGCUGCGGGAGCUUCUGAAACAAGGGAUUAAUGUCGUCAGUUGUGUCUCUGCUAAAGUGAAUCAAAGGUCCCUCUACACAAUUCAGAUCGAGGUGUGCGAUAUGAACAACAUUGAUCACCAGGCAUUGCAACAAAAAGUGAUUGAUUUAAUCAAUGUGGACUUGUAGUUCUCGAGUUAUUACAACUAGUAACAGACCAUGCAGACGUUUUUUUUAUGUGUUUUGACAGGAGAAAAGGAACACGAACUAUUAAGUGAAGACAUAACAGCACUCCAAUCAUUAGCAAUCUCCCCCUGUGCUUGUGUGUUUUUAAGCAAGUAAUAGUAAAUAUACUACUAUCUCUAUUCUAGCCAUCUUGUAACCAGCUAUAUGUUUGGUUUGAAGUUCUCUUUAUAUAUCUUGAGUAAUGGUAUAUUAAACAUUUGUCCCUAGCUUAGUUUCAUUUUAUUUAUCUUUGUUAGAAGUA